GCUGUGAUGGCCCUAACAGGGUGCGGCGGGAUGAAUUCAAGAUCAAUCUACCGCAGACAUUGCCGCACCUGGGGAAUACGCGGCACGAUAUUCACUCCAACACCGCCUGCCCUUGAAUCCGUGACGGGAAAGACUGAGGUUCAAACUGUACUUCCUCUACAGCAGCCUCAAGGUGUAGCCUCUUCUGUCGGACAAACACCGAGUGUAACAAACUUCGCCACAUUCAGCGCAGACAAUCUCAGGUCAUUCGCGUGUCUUACGCCUGGGGCAACAAAGUCUCCCAAGAUAUGACGAACCGAAGAGUCAGAUUCGCGCUUCCCGAGCUCACCAUCCGCUACCAUGAUUCUCUCACCGAUCUCGGUCACGAGGAAGUCUUUAUUCCAACCGGCUUUGCGCAAUUCCUGAGCAAACUCACCGACAUCUCCGCUCAAAUCUCGGACAAGAUCAAGGGAGUCAAAACCCCACCCACAAAAGAUCAAGGAUUCACUCUCGCCGAUGGUUCCUGGUGGUAUCGCGUUGUCCGUGAUACAGAGAACAUCGACGCCAAUGGACUGACCACAACGGUCAUAGUCAGAGAAUGGCACGUUCUGAAAUCGGGCCAGGACUUUGACUAUAUGUGUCUGGAGGCCAGAAACGAUCGUGUCGUGAUUGAGAUUGAACAUGCUCAGCAACGCGCUCGCGAUUCUGCGCCGCAGAGGGCCGAAGAACUCAAGGCUGCGAUGAAGAAGGUCGAAGAGCGCAAGGUGACGACGGUGGAGAAGAAGGUCGACGAACACAAAUUGAGAGUGGAGAAGGUCAGAAAACCAAAGACGAUGGUAAAGAAGAAGAUCGAAGAGCCCAAGGCGGUGGUGGAAAAGAAGGUCGCAGAACCCAAGGUGAUGGACCAGAAGAGAAAAAAAGAAGCACCAGUUGACCCAUCUCCUUGGGCCAUUUGGGAGCAAUGGAUCUAUCCGCCCAUUAUUGUAGAUGGCUCUGGAAAACGUCGCUGGAGCCGCCAGAUCUGCCACACCAAAGAAUCUGAUGAGUCCGACUAGGCUGAUGAGUGAGGAGUGCUGACGAUGCUGGAAUUCUGGUGUUGGAUUGGUUGAUUGGAAGACAUUGUGUAUGAGUUGUAAAAGCGAGAAUUCAUGAUCAUGUUCGACACUGCUUGUCGUCAGGUACUGUCCAUUCAUUACUUCCCUCCCUGAUACCUCCUCGUUCAGAUGUCCUCUGGAUUAAUAGUGUCUCAAUUCCCUCUCUUCUCAACCAUCCUGACGGCCCUACUCCCAGGGCACCCUCCCGUCAUACAACGCCGUCAAAUCCUGUUUGCCCUCAAAGAAAACGACCGCUUCCACCUCUGCCCUGACACUCAGAGAUAAGCGUUGAAGCACCUCCAGUCUAAACACCUCACCCU